AUGGCUGUGAGGUACAGAAAGCAGGUAAGUAAUACAUAACUUAGUUAUCAGGGAACGGUUUCUUUUAAGCUUUUAAAAAAGAGUUAUGUUACGGUAUUUGCUAUAAAAAAGGGCUAUGUUACGCUAUUUGUUUAAUUUUUAAAAGGUCAAAAUUUGUCCAUUUAUCAAUUCAAUUCGAAAAAUAAUGGUCCAGUUUUGUUUUGUAAGAUCAUAGUUAGGCAUUAAAACCGUUUCCUUUCAUCUGUUGCUACGAAUGGCAAAGAUGAACAUGGAUUGGAACCUGAAAAAGUUGAGCCAGCUUAGGCUAUGUUCACACAAAUCCGGAAAAAAAUAUUGGGCUUCAGCGGUGUUGGAUCCAGGGGAGGGGUCCGGGGGGCACGGUCCCCCUUAUUUUUAGACCAAACUGAGGCCCGAAGGGCGGAAAAUUUUUUUUUAGACCACCCCCCUUAUCUCAGGGUCUGGAUGACAGGGCCUCCCCCCCCUCCCUUAUCUGAUUGAGGGACUGGAUCCGACCGCGCGGAAUAUUAGGACCUAGGGACUAGGCAAAUGUACCACCACGAGUGUUCUCACCGCUGCGCCACCCUUGUUCGCCAUCACACCAGGGCACAUUUAUGUGGAGCAAAUAAAGGCUCAUUUUAGUAGCAACCUGGUGAAUGUCAUAAAUCCAAGCUAAUUUCAUCAUAUGAGGUUACCAAACUGACACGUUGGUACACUAUUACCAAAUAAUAUGUGAUACAACUAACUUUGCAUACGGAGAGAUAGACAAACCAACCUGUAGGACUUAAAUCUUAAGGGUCAGUUAUAUCGUAAACGGAGUUUAGCCAGUGUUUAGCAAAACCGCGUUCUAAGCCAUUUUCGGUUUUCCGAACUCUUUUAUACAAACACCAUUUAUCGCGAACAGUUUCAUGAAAGCAUAUAGCGUAGACUGGAACAGCAUUUCUUAAAAUAACCCAUUAGAAAAGAGAUCUGGAAGUUCAAAGGUUUCUUAAACCGCUGUCUAAUUAAAUCCUGACCGACGUUAAGUCUUCAUUCCUCUUGCAGGAUUCUUCAGAGAUGUAUUACAUGAAGGGAGCGCCUGAAAAGGUGUUCCAGCAGUGUACAUCCUACUACAAACAGGGUUCAAUUGUUCCUCUUGUUGCUAAGGACUGGGAAAUGUUUUCUGAUGCUGUGGCAGCCAUGUCAUCCAAGGGACUUAGAGGUGUGUUCUUAAAAGUUUUAUUGCAGUAAUCUUGAUUUUAUCGUGUGUGGGGGUUUUGUAAGGAGGGUAAGAAGGGGAAUUAGAAGAAUUACCUGAGGGUUAAUACCCCAGAGAAUCUUCGCAUAUUCGUAUGGCCUGUACAACAGGCGUUAUGUACACCGCGUUGUCGAGAAGCGCGGGAAAAUGAGUACCCUGGUCCCAGAGGUUUUUCUUGAUUUUUCUUCGCGAAAGAGAUCAAGAGCAAACCGCGAAGCGGCGACAGCGAGUCGCGAAAGCGACGAGGAGAGAGAGAAAAACCUCUGGUUACCUUGGCCUCGAAUCUCACUUUCAUGCAGACGACAGCUGUCAAACGCGUCAAAUUGCUAAUAAAAAGAGUGACCAAUGGCAACUUAGCAAACACGUGCUUAUCAGCCGCUAUUUUUUUAAGUCGGGGUAGACCUGGGGAAAUUAUGUUAUGAACAAACCAUCUUCACUUGGGUGGUAAAGAGUGAUUUGUUAAUCGGGGUCAAGCUAAAGCAUGUGUUAACGAUGGGCGACAAGAGUCCAGGAAUAAGAAGACCACUUUAUAAAGAAACCGACAUUGUUCCAAACGAAUGCUGCAGGACUUGCAGAAUUUAUUUGGGUAUAAUAACAAGGAUUUUUCACAAACAUUGUCAUCUGUUCUGUCAGCAGUGUGCCAGGGGGAAGUUGUAAAGUUUGCAAGAGUCUAUCAAUCGCGCUUAUUGCAUUGUUUACUUCUGCGGGGCGCGCCGCUCGCGUCGAUUCGCGGGCAUUCCCCUGAAAUAGUAAUAUUAAUAUGUAUUCUGGCAAUCUGGCUCGCAUUUUGGUUUGGUGGCUCCAUUUUCCUUUUUUUUUGUGGAACAACGACGCUAGGAAGAGUCAUGCAGCACAACAAACCCUUAAGGUUCGGAAUGUACUUUCAGAGGUUUUUGUUGGCCCAAUAGACCUAUUCGGCUAACUCAAUGUACCGAAUUCAAACCCUUUGAGAAUAAAACGUUUUGUUUCAGGAAUUUCCAUAUCAUUUAAAUGUGAAUGCCACAUUAUAAUGCAAAUGCAAUACACAAAGAAUCUUAUCCCCGGGAGAUUUGGAUUGGGUAGAACAUUGAGUUAGCCGAAUAGGUCUAUGCCAAAAAUAGCGUCGGUUAGAUCUUUUUUGGGCGUCGCAGGAAAAUCAAGCUGCACCCGAAAAUGAUUAUGUACUUGGACAAAGUUGUAUGUUUUUUUUCCUCCAAGGAAACUUUCAUUCCGUAUUCGGAGAUUUUUUAUUUUACUGCCCUAAACAAGUUAGUUUAUUUAAUGGAAUGACAGUAUUGUAACAGAAAAUAUACUUUCCAUGUCCGGUUGAUAAAAUGGUGAACACAUCCUUUCGACUCAACGAAGCGAACAAAGCUUUCUUUUGUUGCUCAGUGAGAUUCAGGAAAGCGCUCAUUAAGUACCGAGGUCAAAAUUUCUUCGAAUAUUCUUUCAGGAACAACAUCCAUGGCGUGCCUCUACGUGCCUUGGUCCCGUGCAAAUGUUAUUGCGAGUGCAGCAUACAAACAAUUUUCUUCCCUAGUAGAGAGAGGCAAAAUGAGGUGUGAAAAUCCUCAGCGUCCCCUCGGUAGUUACAAUUAAACGAGCCAAUCAAAUUGGUUUGCGCGUUUGAAAAACUAUCAACCAAUCAACGCCCGAGGGUCAGAUCCUGACCCUGUCGUCAGCAUGGAAGUGAGAUUCGAGGCCAAGGUAACCAGAGGUUUUUCUCUCUGUCCUCGUCGCUUACGCGACUCGUUGUCGCUGCUUCGCGGCUUGCUGUUGAUCUCUUUCGCAAAGAAAAAUCAAGAAAAACCUCUGGGACCAGGGUAGAAAAUGAGACAUUCCAUUACUGGUUUUAUUUUCCGUUUGGUUGAGAAAGUGGCGCGAAAUUUAUUGGCCAAUUACAAAGCGUACCAAUACAACAUCAGUUAUGUUUAGUGCUUAUCUGAAAUGCACUGUUUUUCUAUGUGGUUUGCUUUUCAGUAAUAGCAUUGGCUAUGGGGCAGGAGUUACAUCAGCUGUCUUUCCUGGGUAUAGUAGGGUUAAUGGACCCUCCCAGGCCAGGGGUGCGUGAAGCUGUACACACACUGUUAAACAGUGGAGUACAGGUCAAAAUGCUCACAGGAGAUGCACGCGAGACUGCUGUUACCAUUGGUGAGUGAUUUUGCAUUAUGGAUGAAUCAAUUUUUGUCAACUUUACUUAUUGGCUGUUUUAAUAACUUACAGGGACUUCAAUUUUGAAAUAACAACGGAAGUCCCUUAUUCUCGUUAAGGAGCAGCUGCACCUUGUUCAUACACGAUAUCAAUGAUAGAAAUGAUGAUAUUUUAGCAAACGUGUCUCAACCGUUUUCAAGAAGUAGUAGGUUCGUGAUGCUAGACUAUCCCCAUAUCCAUUGGAGGUUUUUUUUUUCUGAUUUCCAAGUUUUCAGUUUGAACAGAAUUCACUUUCACUUCCACCUUUUUUUGUUGUUGUUUCUUGACAACCGGUUAUACACGCCAAGCUUUUGUCAAGGUAUUCACCUCCGCAAGGAUACUCUUCAAAGACCUAGCUGUUAGGCUCGAUUAUCAUCCGCUGUUCCGGAAUCCGCUGAAGAGGGACGGAAAUCGAGCCUAUUUAGCAGUUUGAUGCUGAAAAGCUAUCUAAAACCCUUCUCUUUCUUUUGUUUUUGUUGCAGCGGAAAUCCUCGGUCUUGUUGUUAAUGGGCGACAAGCCUUGUCUGGAGAGGAGCUAGAGGCGAUGGAUAGUUUUCAGUUAGGAGACGUUGUACAUGAGGUAACAAACUUUUUCCUUCAUCUUACCAGUUCAUAG